UAUAUCCGCCGGGUUGCAUGCACGCUUAAGUUCCUAUCUGUCACCAGUUUUCUAAUCUCAUUGUAAUGGAGUACCAAUGAAGGUGAGCGCUGUGUACCCUUGUUCUCUGUUUACCUGAUGCACCCGUACCGGUGUUGUUAACACACACAUUCACACACCUGCCCUCCGGCCGGGAGAGGACGAAAAGCCCACAGCUGCAAGACUUGUGUUGUGUGUGUGAAAGAUGAAGAGGCUCCCGGUGCUGUCUCUGCUCCUGUGGCUGUGUGCGGUGUACUUUGUGGGCCUCUACCUGUUCGUGGGAGGGUUUCUUCUUGUUCGGCUGGAGGUGAACAGGACCAGUACCUGCGGAGACGUGCUGCAGCCCGGAGACGAGCCGGCGGACUUCUGCCGCGCCGAGCCGCGUUUCCGUAAGGUCGUGCUCCUCAUUAUCGACGCCCUCAAGAUUGACUUUGCCCGUUUCGACCCGAACAACACGGAGCCCCGUCCGUACGAGAACAAGCUGCCUGUGCUGGAGGAGACGGUGUCAUCCAGGCCUCUCCACAGCCGCCUGUACCCCUUUCGUGCCGACCCUCCUACGACCACCAUGCAGAGGAUCAAGGGCUUCACUACAGGUUCUCUGCCUACUUUCGUCGAUGUGGGCAAUAACUUUGCAUCCAGUGCCAUACUGGAGGACAAUCUCAUCCACCAGUUUGGUCAAGUGGGCAGAAGAGUUGUGUUCAUGGGCGACGACACCUGGGAGAAUCUUUUUCCUAAGAAGUUCCACCGCUCUCUGCCAUUCCCUUCUUUCAAUGUGAAGGAUUUACAUACGGUGGACAACGGGAUCCUCCAGCACCUCUACACAACUAUGGUGGGGGAUGAUUGGGAUGUCCUGGUUGCCCAUUUCCUUGGAGUGGACCACUGUGGUCACAGGUUUGGUCCCGACCACCCGGCCAUGGCAGACAAGCUGGCCCAGAUGGAUGAAGUCAUCAGAUCUGUGAUUGACCGUCUACAAAACGACACCCUGCUGGUGGUGAUGGGAGAUCAUGGGAUGACAGACACUGGGGACCAUGGAGGAGAAAGUCAGAAGGAGACUGAUGCUGCUAUUUUCCUCUACAGUCCUUCCCCUCUAUUUCCUGGACCGCCCUCCCAGAGUGAACCAGAUGUGGUCCCUCAAACAGACCUGGUGCCCACCCUGGCUCUCCUGCUGGGAGUUCCCAUCCCUUACAGCAGCGUGGGCCAGGUUCUCCUGCCUGUGUUCCCUCCUCAUGAGCAGACACAAGGUGCAGUUGGAGGUUUCAGCCAGCUGGAGGCACUGUGGAUCAAUGCUAAACAGGUCAACCGUUUCCUGGAGACUUACUCAAGCAUGGCCAAAGACAUAUCACCUGAGAGCCUCUCUAAGCUGAAGGAAGAAUUCUCCCACCUCUCCUCUGAGUACCUGACCAUGGUCAGGGAGGGCCGCUCAUCCUCCCCGCAGCUGGCUGCCUCCCUGCAGGCUUACCUCACCUCUGUCAGAGACACCUGCAGAACUACCUGGGCUCAAUUCAACCCAACCAAGAUGGCAGCAGGUUUAGCUGUCCUGGCAUUAGCUUGCUUGACUUGUUUCAUCCUGUCUGAGCUGUCCCUCGUGUUAAUCAGUGAGACUGGUCCGGGACUUAAGGCCCCGGCCAUGGUGGCUCUCACAGCAGGAGUUUGUGUGGCUGCUGGUCAGCUGCUCACACAGGGUUACAUUGAUGUUGUGUGGUGCCUGGCAGCUGCUGCCCUCUGCUCUGAGCUGCUCUUUCUCCGCUGGGCACGUCAAUCCAGGACUAUAACUGUCGCAAAGAACGGAUCUAAAAAGUUUGCUAGCUGGCUGUCCCUGCGCCACCUUCUCGUCCCGCCUCUCCUGGUGCCACUCCUGCGCUGUGCCUCCCUGCUCUCGGAUAGCUAUGUGAUUGCUGAAGGCCGUGUUGUGACCUUUCUGGUGUUCUCUCUCGCUCUCUAUAUUCCCAUCCAUCUCAACUGGGAUGGCCUGCUUCUGCCCCCCAGCCACGACCCUCUGAAACCUGCAGGACUCCUUCCUGCUGCAGCCUUGCCCCCGUCUACUGUGAGGAAAGAGAGCAGCACCCUCCUAGCCUGCUUAGGACUUCUUGUCGGCAGCCUCUACCUUUCCCUCUCCUUCCAUGGCUGUCGAGAAGAACAGGGCUACUGCCGCCCAUCCCCCUUCCUGUCCCCUCUUUCCCGGUUGCAGGAUGCCCAGCUGAAGAACCUCCACUACAUCCUCUCUGUCUUUUCCCUUGGCUUGUGGACUUAUCUGCUGAGACGCUGCCUCCGUCACUAUGGUAAUCUCAACUCCUCAGGGGGGACUGUGUUCACUGCCCGCUGGAUCCUACCACUGCUGUCUGUGUGCCUGGGGCUCCACUGGGCUGUUAGUGCCACUCCAGAGGACAGCUUCAGGAAUCUUGCAGAGCUGAUCAGCGUGGGCCAGCUGGCCCUCCCAAGAACCGCCUUCCUUCUCCUAGGACUGGGGCUGUUCCUAAUCUGGCUCGAUCCUCUCACUGUGUUUGUUAAGACAAGGACUGCAACUACAGCCAGAAAUUCAUCUCUACCCCCGCCCAGCUAUCGGGCCAGUACUGGAAUUAGCCCCCAAGCUGAGUUGCACCACCUCAUCCCUCAAAUCUACCAGCGCAUGCGUCGUUCCCUGGAUGAUGGAGAGCUGAGUGGGGGCAAUGAAGUGGACAGCAGGCCUGCUGUGGAAGCCUAUGGCCUGGGAACUGUUUACUCUGCCCCUUUGCUUCUGUUUUGUGGCCUGCUGGGAAUCGGUCUUCUGCUGCUGCACCCAGAGGGCAUGGCUGUGUCCUUCCUACUGCUGCUGCUUGAAAUGGGAGCUCUGCUGCACAUCCACGCCUCCUCCACUACCCUCAGCGGCCUGCAUGGAACACAUUCUAGUGGCUUUAUUGUGCCCUGGACUCCUGUCAUGUUGUGGUCCUUGGCUGCCACCCAGUUUUUCCAUGCAACAGGUCACCUUCCCACCUUCCCCUCCAUCCAGUGGAGUGCUGCCUUUGUUGGAUUCCCUGAUGGACACACUGGCACCGUGUUGCCUGCCUCACUGGUUACCCUCAACACGUUUGCCUCACACAUCUUGUUCGCAGUGAGCUGCCCGCUGCUGUUGUUCUGGCCUCUGGUGUGUGAGGUACGGGGCAGCAGGGGAAGCAGAGCGUGUGGGGAAGAAGGAGAAGACGCUGUGAUGGAGAUGAGACUGAGAGAAAACCCCCAACAGUUCAGCUCUGCACUUUUACAACUCUCAACACGCUACCUCUUUAUACUCGGGGCCCAGGUCUUUGCCUCAGUGUGUGCAGCUGCUAUCCUCAGGAGACACCUAAUGGUGUGGAAGGUUUUUGCACCCAAGUUAAUGUUUGAGGCCUCAGGGUUCCUGGUGAGCAGCGUGUCUCUGCUGAUCGGGGUCACGUUGGUGAUGAGAGUAGAUGUGGCUGUGGGCCGAUGGUUUAAGAAACUCAUUCCUGAUGCAUCUAGGUAGCGACAGCACUCCCCCUGCUGCUGCUGCUGCUUUACCAAUGAAGCCCACCAGAGCUCACUGUGCCACAGAGGAAAUGCACAUAAAGGUCACUGUAAACAAAAAAAAAAAGAACAUUUUCCAUCUUUGUCAAGCUCAUGGACCCUGACAGAAAUGUCGUGUGAACCUGCCUCUGACUUAAACUCUUUUAAGUGGUGAAGCUGACAUUGACUGAGGCCCACCUCAUUUUCCAUCGACGGACUGAAAGACGAGCCUCAGCCUGAACAAGCUCUGCAUUUUGUACAGUGUUACAAAAUUAAGCACCUCACUCUCCUGAUGAGGUCGAAGGCUUUUGAAAUCUCCUAAUCAGUUGAAUGUGCUUUUUUCCUGUCUCUGAAUGUCCCUUCUUAACACCUGUUCUCUAACUUUAAGUUUAUAUGAAACCUUCCAACCCCCCCCCCCCCAAAACAGUUUGGAGGUGAUGAAUUGUCCAGCAGUUAAAUUGCUCCCCUAAAAACAUCACCCAGUUUACACCGACUGCAUGUCUGUCAUAGAUGGCCAGAAAUUCAAAGAAAUAUUUACUUUGAAGGAAUUCUUUUUUACUCUAUAACUACCUGAUUCAGCUUUUAUUGGUAUAAAAAAAAACAACCUAAAUGACUGUAUGAACUCAUCAACCAGCUGGCUGAUCCUUUCACACAGCUGUACCAUUAUCGUUGUCAAUUCAACCUGUCUUCAGCUCCAGGUUGACCACUGAAGAGGCGAUCCGUCACACCAUGUCUAAAGCUGUACUCUUUCAUUUCAGCAUGUCUGUCAUCUGAGUGUUUGCUGGAGGAGCUUUUACAAUUUUUGUUUUUUUUGUGUGUUUUGUAUUUUUAAGAUGUUGAAAUAGCCAGUGUGUCUGGUUACUGCCAAUUCAUAAAGUAGAUAUUUUUCUUUUUUACACAGUUUUGGGUUCUUAAUCUUUCAUGUUCUCCUAUCUUUUGUGGAUACUGAUUUCCUAAAUAUAGAUUUCUUUUAAUCACUGAUAUGUUUUUUAUCUCAAAUGAAGCAUUUGUCUUAUCAGGCCCUCUACGACUAUUUUCCUGGAAUAGGUGCCUAGCUUUAAGUAAUGCCUUUUUUUUCAUGUAUGAUGUCAUCCUGUUGAGGGGGGUCAUUAAAUCCAGGACCUCCGCAAACACUAUUAAUUUAUUUCUGCAGGACGUCUGAGUCAGUGUCCAGUGUAAGAUCUGUUACUGUUUGCCAGCUGCAGUCAGCAGCUGAUGCUCAUUAGCUAAUGCUUGAUAUUGAAGGGAAGUUUGAGCUCAGGUUGAAUUAGCUACAAUGCAAUAGUACUGCAUUUCUCAGGCUGUUGUUUGGGAGUGACUGGUCAUUUAUAGCAGCUGCUGUAUUGACCACAGCCAUAGUGAUUGUUUGGCUGGGUUAUAUGAUUACAGGACACAUUUGUUUUCUGUUCUAAAAUGUUUAAUAUAUAAAUAACUGAGCAUUUAAUAUGAUUUUACAUUAUGUGUAAAGUGUAAUUAAACUUUUUUACUUGACAUUUUUGGCCUCACAAUAAUUAAAAGUUUGAGAAAUA